CUCGUGUGGGGCCGGGGCGGAGCCGGGCCGAUGCUCCUUCCUCCCCCCCCGGCCGGUCCCUGGGUUUGGUGUCAGCCGUUUCCCCGCUCAUCCCGCAUCCUAACCGAACAUCGACGAGGAGGGCCGGUCCCCCACCUCCCUUCUCCAGCCCCCCUGCCCCCCUGCCCCCGGUCUCGUCCGCAGGAGGAGGAGAAGGCGGCGGCUGCGGGGAAGGCGGCCCGCGGGACAGCUUGGUCCGAGGGGCCGGGCCGGACCGGACCGCCGCCGCCGCCGCCCCCGGGCCGCCCCCCGGGCUUGCCCCCGGGCCCCAUGACCCUGCGCUGCCCGCAGCCCCGCGCCGGCAGCGAUGGCUCCGAAGGCGCGGCCGACGAGCAGCCCCCCGAGCCGCCCGGCCUCGCCAAGGCCAUGCGGGAGCUCACGCACACAGGGUGGUACUGGGGAAACAUGACUGUUAAUGAAGCCAAAGAAAAAUUAAAAGAUGCUCCAGAAGGAACUUUUCUGAUUAGAGACAGUUCCCAUUCGGACUAUCUUCUAACUAUAUCUGUAAAAACAUCAGCCGGACCGACCAAUCUCCGCAUAGAAUAUCAAGAUGGGAAAUUCAGAUUGGAUUCGAUCAUAUGUAUCAAAUCCAGGCUCAAGCAGUUUGACAGUGUGGCCCAUCUAAUCGAGUACUACGUUCGAAUGUGUAAGGAUAAGAGAACUGGCUCCGAAACACCCCGGAAUGGAACUGUUCACUUAUAUUUGACCAAACCUCUCUAUACUUCAACUCCAUCACUUCAACAUCUCUGUAGAUUAACCAUAAACAAAUGUACAAGUAAGAUCUGGGAAUUGCCUUUACCGACGAGACUAAAAGACUACCUGAAAGAAUAUCAGUACCAGGUAUAAGUAUCUCUAUUUUUAUAAGUACGCCUCCUGUCCUUGAAUGCAGCUACGUCGAGACCA